UGAUUUAUUCAUUCACAAUUCAACUCUUGACCCGCCAGCAAUAGAGUCAAUUCUUGCGAAUAAUUCAAAAAAGUUUCAUAAGUGAAGUUAAAGGUAGACUUGGACAGAAUAAGUAAAAGGAAAAUUGUGUUUUAAAUUUAAUGUGCUUGUGCUGUGUACUACAACGCAGUUCUUGAUCAUGUUAGCCAAAAUAAUAUUACUCGUGACGAUGACAUUGAGUUGUGCCCAAGGAUUUACCCUUGAAUGUGAAUUCGGCAAUGAAGAGUGGAUUAAUCUAGGAAUUGUGUUCCAGUGUAAAGUGCAGGGUAUGCAAGUAACAUCACGCAACAGUAUUACAGAAGUUAUUGGUACACCAUUCCGACCAAUUCGUGAAGUGAGAGCUCUUGAUGUACAAGAUCAACGGUGUCAGUUCGUUCCCUCAGAUGUGCAAACGUUUUUCCCGAAUAUCGAGGGACUUCAAGUUGCCAAUUCCGAACUGAAAGAGUUGCAAAAUGCUGAUAUGCAACAAUUCCCGAAUUUGAAACAACUUUUCAUGAGCGAAAACGAGCUCCAAUCACUCGAAAACGAUGUUUUCGAACCUUGCCCCAACAUUGAGUACGUGAACCUUGGACAUAAUAAUAUCAUGCAUAUGGGAACGGACAUCUUCGCUCCAUUAAAGAAUCUGCAGUACUGCAAUAUAGCUGGUAAUAGUUGCAUUGACACCAAAAUGGAGUCCCCAAAUGCAAUUCAACAGUUUUCUAGAGAUUUGGAGAAACAAUGUCCUCCGACACCCGAAAUGUUGAAACGAGAAAAAGAAAGGAAAAUCCCAGAAAGUCUUAGAACAACGGCUCGGCCGACUACUACCACCGUGACACCCGAACUAGAUGAUCUCAAGGAAGAACUUAAAAAAUUAAAAAGCAAAAUUGCUGAACACGAUCAAAAGAUUGACGAAAUCAAGUCGAAAGAAAAUGCUACCUCUGUGCCUGAGACACCUGACGCUUCACCAACAAGUGGGUCAAGUCCACCGGAUCAGGUCACAGAACAGAAUAGUCAACCAGAACUUUCUAGCACAAGUCCAUCGCCGCUGAACUUUAAUUUAAUGGACAUACUUAACAUUCCCAUGCCGAAUUACCAGCAGUAUCCGAUGUACUCAAGUCAACCUCAAAUUCCAAAUCUGCAAAAUAAUUUUCCAUUGCCCGGGAGACCACCGUAUCCAGUUCCAUUUCCUCAAAAUUUGCAGUGCGGUCCAUUUGGCUGUGUGUUUGAUAACAAUGCACCACAAAUAAAUUCUCCCCAAAUUCCGUUUUCAAAUCCUUCACAGCCAUCAAAUAACCUUUUCCCGAAUCCGAAUCAAUUUCAAAGUCCUUAUACUGAUAAUUUGCCGUCGUCUGGAAUACAAAACCCAUCAAAGCCUGAAGAAAGUCCAGCAUCGCCGAGUCAAGAUCUUUUAGGUAUUUCGAAAGAAUGUACCGAACACGGGUGCCCUGCUGUAAAUCAACCAACUAUGCCUCAACCGGAAGCUGCACCUCCGUCAGACAAUUCAGAAAAUCCACCAAAUUCCAAAAAGCGAACGCCAGCACCGUUACCUUACCCUGAUGUGGAGUCUGAUUCACCGAAAUCUGUUGAUAGAAAAAAUCGAGAACCGGCAACUAGCGAAAAUCCACCGUUUAUUGACUCUCCACUGCAAAGUCGAUUAGGGGAUAUGGAACCCAGCGAUGGCAAAGAUCCACAACAAAUAAAGGAUAUGCUAGAAGAACAGCCAAUACCACAAAAUGGAUGUACUUCCACUAGUUGUACUACAGAGAACGAUUCUAUAAAACAUAAUCCUCCAAAAGAAAAUCCACCGAAAGACGAUUCUCCCAAAGAAAAUCCUUCUGAAGAAGAUCCUCCAAAAGAAAAUCCACCGACAGACGAUUCCCCCAAAGAAAAUCCUACUGAAGAAGAUCCUCCGAAAGACGAUUCUCCAAAAGAAAAUCCUCCAAAAAAACAAAAUCCUACAAAAAAAGAAAAUCCACCGACAGACGGUUCCCCCAAAGAAAAUCCUACUGAAGAAGAUCCUCCGAAAGACGAUUCUCCCAAAGAAGCUCCUACAAAAAAAGAAAAUCUACCGACAGACGGCUCACCCAAAGAAAAUCCUACUGAAGAAGAUCCUUCGAAAGACGAUUCUCCCAAAGAAGCUCCUACAAAAAAAGAAAAUCCACCGACAGACGGUUCACCCAAAGAAAAUCCUACUGAAGAAGAUCCUUCAAAAGACGAUUCUCCCAAAGAAGCUCCUACAAAAAAAGAAAAUCCACCGACAGACGGUUCCCCCAAAGCAAAUCCUACUGAAGAAGAUCCUUCGAAACCUUCGAAAGACGAUCCUCCCAAAGACGAUUCUACAAACGAAAAUCCUCCGAAAGAAAAUCCUUCAAAAAAAGAAAUUCCACCGAAAGACGAUUCACCCAAAGAAGAUCCUCCGAAAGAAGAAAAUCCCCCGACAGACGAUUCCCCCAAAGAAAAUCCUACUGAAGAAGUUUCUCCGAAAGAACCAAAAGAAAAUUCACCAAAAGAUGAUUCCCCCAAAGAAGAAUCUUCAAAAGAAGAAAAUCCACCGACAGACGAUUCCCCCAAAGAAAAUCCUCCUGAAGAAGAUCCUCCAAAAGAUCCAAAAGAAAAUCCCCAGACAGACGAUUCCCCCAAAGAAAAUCCUACUGAAGAAGAUCCUCCGAAAGAUCCAAAAGAAAAUCCACCAAAAGACGAUUCACCCAAAGAAGAAUCUUCAAAAGAAGAAAAUCCACUGAAAGACGAUUCUUCCAAAGAAAAUCCUAUUGAAGGAGAUCCUCCGAAGGAUCCAAAAGAAAAUCCACCAAAAGACGAUUCUCCCAAAGAAGAUCCUCCAAAAGAAAAUCCAUCAAAAGACGAUUCUCCCAAAGAAGAUCCUCCAAAAGAAAAUCCUCCGAAAGUCGAUGCUCCCAAAGAAGAAUCUUCAAAAGAAGAAAAUCCACCGAACGACGAUUCUCUCAAAAAAGAAUCUCCAAAAACAGAAAAUCAACCGACAGACGAUUCCCCCAAAGAAGAUCCUCCGAAAGAUCCAAAAGAAAAUCCACCAAAAGACGAUUCUCCCAAAAAAAAUCCUCCAAACAAAGAUCCUCCCAAAGAGGAUUCAACCAAUAAACCGAAAGAAGGUGCUUCUGACAUGGAUGCUAGUGGUAAUAUAGAUGAUCCCGAUGAUGUAACAAUUAAUCCCGUUUUGGAGGAGAAAAUUCAAGAUUUAGUCAUGGAAAAUGAAAAGAAAAAUAAUGAAAUUUUCAAACUGUUAAAGAAAAUACAGGAGCUGGAGGCAAAAAAUAAAAAUCAGGAGAAGGAACUUAAAGCUCUCAAGUUGUAACAUUCAAUGGUAUAUAAGGUUGUUAAUUUAUAAGCUGUAGUCGUAGUAAUAUAGAAUCUAUACUCGUUGAAAUAAACCAGAUAA